UAUUCUCAACCAUUACGUCAUUAUUAUAGUACCAUGUUGAUUUAAAGUCUUUAAUCAUUCUGGAUAGAGGUGUUUAUCCACACUUUUACCCCGAUUAGCGAGAUUUUUCCGUCUGUUUUGGGUCUAUUUUCUUGGGGAUGGCCGAGCUGCGCCUUUCUCUCUCUCGCUCCCUUGCUAGGCCGCCAUCUUGAAUUUUAAUGUUAAUUUCCGAAAAAAAUGGGUUUCCUCUGAUAUUUUUGUUAUAGCUAGCGUGCCAAUCCUGGAAUAUUUUUAAGAUCCACCGCGUUGCUCUGCGUUUAUCUUUACAAAAACACCUUGUUUCUUACACUGACCCCAGUCUUCCCCACCUGAGUGCGUUUCCUCACCUCGUAGACUAAAUGCACCUGGACCCGGGGGCUUGUGGGCAUGAAGUGGCUGGGCGAAUCCAAGAACAUGGUCUUAAAUGGCAGACGACACGGGGCCAAAUUGACCAGCGAGACGCCCGCGAGCCGCUCCCAGACACAGAAGAGCUCCCCGCGCCACAGCAAGGCCCUACAGAGGAGCCGCAGAUGUAGCCGAAGGUUCACUGCGUCCAGCCUGGAGUCGGAGCGGCGGUAUGUGCCCUCCUCAGGGAUGACCGCCAAAGAGCUGUGUGAGAACGAUGACCUCACCACCAGCCUCAUCCUGGACCCUUACCUGGGCUUUCAAACUCACAAAAUGAACACCAGGUUUCGGCCAGUUAAAGGGAGACAAGAGGAGCUGAAGGAGAUCAUUGAGCGCUUCAAAAAACAUGACAAUUUAGAGAAGGCGUUUAGGGCGCUGACGUCUGGAGACUGGGCCCGAAACCUGUUCCUCCAUAAAACCAAGGCUCAAGAAAAACUCUUUAAACAACAUGUUUUCGUCUACUUGCGAAUGUUUGCCCAGGACAGUGGCUUUGAAAUCCUCCCCUGCAACAGAUACUCAUCAGAGCAAAAUGGAGCCAAAAUCGUGGCAACUAAGAAUGGUAAUGGAAAUGAUAAGAUGGAGUACUUGGUGGGGUGCAUCGCGGAGCUGUCUGAGAGCGAGGAGAACCAACUGCUGCGACACGGGGAGAACGACUUCAGUGUGAUGUACUCCACCCGAAAGAACUGUGCUCAGCUCUGGCUUGGGCCUGCAGCCUUCAUCAACCAUGACUGUCGGCCAAAUUGCAAGUUUGUGUCUACAGGUCGGGACACAGCCUGUGUGAAGGUUCUGAGGGACAUUGAGCCUGGGGAAGAGAUCUCCUGUUACUACGGCGACGGCUUCUUUGGCGAGAAUAAUGAGUUUUGUGAAUGCUACACGUGUGAGAGGCGUGGCACAGGAGCAUUCAAGUCGAGGGCAGGACUUCCUGUGGAGGUGCCGGUCAUCAACAGUAAGUACGGUCUGCGGGAGACGGACAAACGGCUGAACCGACUGAAGAAGCUCGGAGAGAAAGGAGCAGGAUCGGACAGUCACUCUGUGGGAUCGCACACCGACGCAGAGACUCAGGAAAACAACAACACACACACAGCUGCCAGAAAAAGGACAUCGUCUUCGUCUGGUCUGAAAUACAAAAACAGGACUCAAACCAGAUCCCUUUCUACCUCAUGUUCCAAACAAGGUCGAGUCACCAAUAACAGGGUACCAAAGAAACUGAAAUCCUCCCAGCCACGGCCCUCCCUCAGCAGGGUGACGCUGCGGAGCCGGAGGAGGGACUCGAGAGCGCUCAGGGACGCUAAGACAACCACGCAAUGUAAAAACGUUUCUGUUAAAAAGGAGAAGCACGACGCACAGGAAAUCACGCAGCAAACUCCAGGCCCUCGGGGAUGCCUCACAAGACACGCUGCCAAGGAGAAUGGCAGCCUACAAAGCAGUGAGGGUAGCUCCACCUAUAGAACUCGCAGAUCAGCUCGAACUCUUAAAAAUCAGGAAGGUAAAGAGGAUAGUUUAGAUGGUGCUAGCUCCGUUCCUGGUGGAGUGGUGAUUAAAACUGAACCGGCCGAUAUGGAGGAGUACUUGCACCACCAGCAGGGGGUGAGUUUGCCUGCGGUUAGCACAGGGUAUAGCCGUAAUAGGUGUACACGACAGAAACGAGUGACUUUGCUGAGAUCAGAGCGGACGAUAAAAUGCGAAAACUACGCAGAGACAAUAAUGCCGCUAUCGGGGAGUAACACUAGCUUUUCAGAUUGUGAUAGUAAUAAUGUUUUGCUAAGUUACACGGACACACAUCGGGAUUAUAACGGAAUGUCCAAAUCGCUCCGAAGGGACAAGAGGAAGUCGGGUUCUCCAGAUAAAACCAAGAAGAAGCGACGGAUCACGCGCUACGAUGCUCAGCUCAUUCUGGAAAACAGCACGGGGCUGCCCAAGCUAACGCUACGUAGGCGGAGGGACAGCAACAGCAGCAAAACAAAUGAACCCAAAGACGCUAGCUCCGCCUCCUCUUCCUCUUCCAGUAAAAUCAGCAUCAAAUUGAGCAAGGACCGUGAUAACAAGGACAAAGGCAGCUCGUACGUGUCCAGACUCAAUAACGGCUACGCUCCGGUGGUGCACAGUAACUCAACAAAGCUAAAAAUACAACUCAAAGGAGCGGACGAUACGCGGAGGGCGGCCCACAUGACCAAACCCGACCAAGUGCCCUUUAACGGGGACAUUUCUCAAAGCAUGGAGCCGCGAAACGGAGCACACCGCCCCCCAAAGGUGAUGGGGGAACCUUCAUCAGACGAAGACAAUGCAGACGAGGAGGAGGAUUAUUUUGACACAGAGUUUGAGGACGACUUCAUUCCACUUCCUCCUGCGAAACGGCUCCGUCUGAUCGUGGGCAAAGACUCCAUGACCAUAGAUAUCUCCUCCACGAGGAGAGAAGAGCAGUCACUGAGGCUCAAUGCAUAAGCUCACUGCAAACUGGGAACACCUACAUGAGCGAAAGUGGCUUCAACUCAGAAUAUUACUUAUUUGAGUAGUUUUGACUUGUUAAAGUUGCACUGUGUAACUUUUUUGAUGAAGAGGCUGCUUACCACCUUGUCCCAUGGUGACGUUAUUGCUUUACCUAGAAUGUCCCACAGUAUAGCAUUACAUUUAUAUAUUUAGCUUAUGUUUAUUCAGUUACGGGUGUUUUUAUUCCUCAAAAAUACCUUGAUAAACAUACAUUCUUACUGUGUGCGGGCUUGCCUUUCCACAGAUCUUACCUGCAACCUGGCCUGGUGAUGUCACCUGCUUAGAGAUAAGUUAAAUGUCAUACUCUGAAACGUUCUGGACAAAGUAGUAAUCAUCUCCCAUCUCCAUGGUGGCAAGCAAUUCAAAAAGAAAAGUUACACAGUGCGCCUUUAACAUUUAUUUACUUAUUAUGGCCAGAUUGUUAAACAUUUUACGCCAAAUACCACAAAGAAAGUACUUGGCCACCUCAUACUGACAAGGGAGAUCUAACCCAAGUCUAUAACAGGACUAAACUAGGUCUGACUCGGGACUAAACUAGGUCCAAAGUAGUUCUUGAUUUGAGUAGAUUUGAUUAAGUUUGUUUUUUGUGUCUAGCCCAGAGUGUGUGAGCCUAAUAUAUUUCUCAUAAUAGGUUUUUGAUGCGUUCUUGUGUAUUCAACUGACAGAUUUUGCUUGAAUUUAAACUAUUGAAACUACCCUGAAAUAUUGUAAACCCUUCAAAUGGGGCUGAUGAGUAAAUCAGAACAAAACUGGUCAGAAUGCAAAAAGGAAUUACUGAACUAGGGCACAGAACCAUUAAAAGGUGUCAUUGAGCAAGAAAAAGGUCCCCAUCUAAUCGCUUCAAGGACUCGACUAAGAUUUGUCUCUAGUUUCAUGGUUUAUAUUUUCAGGUUAAAAUAUCUUUCAGUAAAAUUAGAUUUUAUUUUGAGUGAAUUGGCCUUGUUUAGAA